AUGGGCCUCGCGCCCUCGGCCGUGCUCGUCGCGGGUGUUUACGCCGUGAAGCCUGAGUUUCUCGCCUAUGCGAUUGCCCUCGCUGUAAUGCUGGCUGGUUAUUUGGUGUUCAGCACUCUAAACGCGGAGCCUCGCAAGGUCUUGAACCCCACCGAAUUCCAGGACUUCGUCCUCAAGGAGAAGAACGAGAUCUCUCACAAUGUCGCCAUCUACCGUUUUGCUCUUCCCCGUCCCACUGAUAUCCUCGGACUCCCCAUCGGUCAACACAUCUCUCUUGCCGCUACUAUCGCUGGUCAGCCUAAGGAGGUUGUUCGCUCUUACACCCCCAUCUCCUCCGACAACGAGGCCGGCUACUUCGACCUGCUCGUCAAGGCUUACCCCCAGGGUAACAUCUCCAAGUAUCUCACCGAGCUGAAGAUCGGCGACAACAUGAAGGUCCGCGGCCCCAAGGGCGCCAUGGUGUACACCCCCAACAUGUGCCGUCACAUUGGUAUGAUCUCCGGUGGUACUGGUAUCACCCCUAUGCUUCAGGUUAUCAAGGCUAUCAUCCGCAACCGUCCUCGCAACGGUGGCAACGACACCACCAAGGUUGACCUGAUCUUCGCCAACGUCAACCCCGAAGACAUCUUGCUCAAGGACCAGCUCGAGGCGCUGGAGAAGGAGGACGAUGGAUUCCGCGUCUACUACGUCCUCAACAACCCGCCCGAGGGCUGGACCGGCGGUGUCGGCUUCGUGACUCCCGAUAUGAUCAAGGAGCGCCUGCCUGCCCCCGCUGCCGAUGUUAAGAUCUUCCUCUGUGGCCCCCCCUCCCAUGAUCAGCGCCAUGAAGAAGUCCACCGAGGCUCUUGGAUACACCAAGGCGCGCCCCGUCAGCAAGCUGGAGGACCAGGUCUUCUGCUUCUAAGCGAUUCGCUGCGAACGAAAAGUUGCUGUUUUAAAGCUUGCCUCUGCCAUUCGAUUUUCAAAUGA